AUGAUGAUUAUCCAAGGAUCAAAAACAUCAAAAAAAUCUUUGAUCAGUCUCCUAAUAAUAAGUUUGUUUCGAUGGUUAUUAAAUUAUUCUUCAAUUGCUUGGUCAAAUGAAACUUGGAGAAUUGGGUCCGAUAGGAUUGAUUGGGAUCAUCAAAUCAUACAUGUUACUGGUGGCUCCGAUGGUUUAGGUAGAGUAAUUACUGAAACUUUGGCUAUUAAGAAUAUGAGGUUUUUUUGGGAUAUUAGACCUCUUACUGCAAAUCCAUCUGACUCAGAUGUCCAUCACUAUGAGUGCGACAUAUCGGAUGCGAAAGCUGUAGAAGCUGUAGCUGAUCGAGUCAAAAACGAAGUAGGAGAUCCAACAAUCAUUAUCAAUAACGUUGAAGUAGCGAAUGGAACAUUUAUCAUCGAUCUUAAUCCUAGUGAAAUUCAGCGCUUUGGAGUGAAUAUAAUGGCUCAUUUUCACCUCUUGAAGGCUUUCUUACCAACAUUAAUUGAACUAAAGAACGGAUACAUCGUCAGUACGAUUUCUAUUGCACUUUUGGCGUCUGUCAAGCUUCAGAUUACUGUACUUCAAAAGCAGCUGUUUUGA